UGUACCACGGAGAGGUCAAGCCCACUUUGGUACUGUUUACUGGUGUACGCCUGCAUUGGUCUUUUGUUCAGAGACAGAGCGUACCGACGAAUUUGUCGGUCUUUUCGCGGAUUAAAAACACAGUUUCAAUGGAAGGGAGCAACAAGCAACCGAAGGACGACUACGACGCACUGAAUCAGUUUUUGUCUGUUGGUCGCGCCAAUGUUGAGGAGGAUACGGACCCAAUCGUAUCGAUUGAAACCGCGCCCCAAAGUCAACUAUCAUCCGGGUUGGGGCCGAUUCAACAGGGGAUAGCAGCGCCUGAGCUGUUUAUCAAUUCUGAGGCGUUUCAUGUGUCAGGACUAGAGGGCGUUCCGAGCGGCGGACAAGGGCCCCCAAUUUAUAAUCAGCAGAACCCUCACCCGGGGGGACAGCCGGCUGGCCAAGAAGGACCAGAAGAGGCCAGAGGAAGCAACCGAGACUACUCUAUAUUCUCAGUGAAAUACUUCCGAUCGCUGUUCGACGUAGACACGGACAUCGUACUCGAGCGCAUUUUUUUUGCAUUAUUGCCCUACAGGCAAGACUUUUUAGACAGAAUUGAAAACCCGGAUUUGUAUGGUUAUGUAUGGGGGUCUAUUACGUUUAUCUUCGCGCUCGCGAUGUUCGAAAAUUUGACAUCGUAUUUUGGCUACAUGUAUCGAAAGAAAGAAGAGUUGUUUUUUUACGACUUGAGCACUUUGCCGGUCAAUACGCUCUUUGUUUUGCUCUUCAUGAUAUUGGUGCCGCUCGCGUUUUGGGGUUUGAUGACCGUGAUGGACGAAUUUGACAUAUCUCUGCCAAAGGUGAUGUGUCUUUAUGGAUAUUCUGUGUUUGCGUACAUUAUUGGGGCUGUGCUUUGCGCGAUUCCGUUUGGCUGGGUAAGAUGGGUUAGCGUUUUGCUGGCUUUUUUGGUGUCGUCCGCGCAUAUUGGGCUUGCGUUGUGGCCGCACAUGAAGCACGCGACGUUGAAGACGCGGCUGAUUUUUCUGACGUUUGUGGUCGCUACAGGGGCGUCGAUGGCGCUGUUUAUGCGACUGUACUCGUUCGGGCACGGAGCUUGAACGUGUGAUAGGGGCGAGGAGUCCGAGGAAUCGCGCAGACUACUUUCGGUCUGCUGGGUUCUACAGGACAAGGCACAGCUGCUUGAGCAGAAUUGUCGCGAGCCAUGCGCGCGUUUCUUGGUCGUCGGUACGAAUGGUAGUACUGGUGGGCGAGAAGGAGAUAAUCGCUGGAGAAGGCGAAGAUGCACGAAUGAAGACAAUCGGCUCUUGAGAAGGCGUAUUUUCGUAGUGGAUAGACAGAUGCCGGACUCUAUCGUGUCGCUGGAGUUCGGCGAAGACGGAGCUAGGAAUCGGUUGUCCCCAGCAUAGUGCUGAAUGCAAAGGGGAGUGGCUUUCAACAGACGGAAUGCUGCUGGUUGCAGAUGGCUUCAAAACGGUUUCUCCGUCGUGCUGGGCAAGAGUGGCUUUGAUGGCGGCCAUGCGGGUACAGCCGUGUACUGGUUUUGGUCGAAUGGUUUUCGCGAGCUCAUAUUGGAUGUAGACACGAUCGUAGCGCCUUUUUAUACUGAGCUCUAGGUAGUCUUCGUCAAUCGUGUAAACUUCGAUGUCUGGGUAGUCGGAGGCAGCACGUGUCUGUAGGAGCUGGAAGGACGCAGAGCGGGCCGAUGGAAGGACGAGUCUCCUGGGUCUCCACGUUUCGAUGAGCAAUGCUGCUUCGGAUACAAGCAAACGCGGAUCUAGGUGACACACGUGGACUUUAAGUUGGUAGGGCUCGAACGGCACGAGACAGCGGCGGACGUCCGUCACGCCCGGAUCAAUGACGACGACCGCGUUUUUUGGGUCGUUUUUGAGUGAGUGAAGCAAGUGUACCGCGUCGCCGGCGCGCAUAGAGCUAUCAGAUGCGAGGAAAAUGCAGGGCUUCUUCAGACAGGCCGUAAACUUGGGGUCUUUUACGGAAUCAAACUUGAGCAAAGACCCGGCUUCUAUGAGUUGCAGAUGGCUGAAAGGAUUAGCUGGCAUGUAUACGCGCGUCUGUUUGGAUUUUUCAAGCCAUUCAGCAGAUAUAUUCAAGUAUUGAAAUACAAAAUCACAAAUGGGCGAUAUAAAACAGAUGGGAAUGGUGUGGAGGCCAACGCUGUUUAAGUACUGGUGCAAUGUGUCAAGCAAGUCAGCUACGACCAUGACAUGCGGUAUGGGCAACAAGACGCUGCCACCCUCACUAAUUGUCAGCCCAACGUGAUUACACAGAUUGGCUAGCUGUAGAUCUUGUGUUUGUAUCUCUGGGUUCGCCAAUUGAGCUAUUAUCAAUGCGUCGCAGUCCUUCAACGCCUCCAGUUCUAUUGGCUGUGCGUGUGUGUGAACACCACUCAGAGUCGCCAUGCUGGAAUGAGACACAUAUCCUAUCUUCCGGUACUCCGACUCAAUGAUCCAAUUGCAACUGCCCAGAGUGUAUCCGGAGCUCAACGCCGUUACUCUCACUCCUUCGUAGAGCUCAAUCUGUUCGUCAAAUACGCAUGUCUGAAUUUUUCCUAUACACGAGGACACACUUUUUUUAUCGUACGCAUGCCUCCAUUCGGCGGCGUCUUCGCGAUUUCGCGCUCCUGCGGGGGAGUCUUCUGCCUGAUCAACGAGAUCGAACAUCAGGUGCUUUCCCAGCUGUACCGUGGGCUCUGUCGCGUAGACUCUUCCGUGAAACGCGCCUCGCUCUGUCAGGUGCGGCAGCGCCAUCAACGAGUGAAAGUUGCUGAUCAGCACCACGUCUAUUGCCGACGCGUCGAUUGAUGAUACCCUCAGACGCGUCGGGGAGCUGCUUCUAGAACCGCCGCCGAGCUCGGGGAAAUGCCCGUCCUCUCCCCUCCAACACUCCGCGCCGCAAUCAAUCAAAAUAGAUACGCCCCUGAUCUCCAACAGAUAGCAGCUCGCAUUCGGGACCGAAUCCAGCACGUGCUCGAAUGACAAGACAGAGGAAGGUUUCGGGCAGAGAGACCGUUUUCACAUUCCGCCCCAUACAGAAAGAGAAGUAGCCGUUAGAAAAAUAGAUUGACAGGUGCUAGAUUUUUGUGUGCAUGGGGUCGUACCAAUCUCAUCGUCGGUGUGGUUUGGUGAGAAUUGGUCUGUGUAUAUAGCGCGUUUUGUCGGAUCA